CUUUUCAUCAAUGAUUCACUCUGUUGAAGUCGACCUUCCGUCCUGACGUCUGGAGUAAAGACGCUGCAACCUCAGAGCAGCUCCAGCCUCCUCACAGAUCUCUGGUUUCCUCAGUGUCCUGAAGCCGACAGACCGACUCUGAUCUCCUCAUCCUCUGCAGCAUCUCGUUCCUCACAAACCAGAACUACCAGCUUCUCUGGAUCCUCAGGCUGUCAAACUGAGGUCAGCAGGUGUGGGUCCAACACUGAUGCUGAGUCUCCAGUAGGAAUAUAACAUCAUGGCACACUGUAAUCUGCGGUCAGCGUCCUCCUCUACUCACAACGACGUGAACCUGGGACCCUCAGCCAACCCACAUGCCAAACCGACUGACUUUGACUUCUUGGCUGUCAUUGGCAAAGGGACGUUUGGAAAGGUCCUGCUCGCCAAACUCAAAGCCGACAACAAGUUCUACGCCGUCAAAGUGCUGCAGAAGAAGAUCAUCCUGAAGAGAAAAGAGCAAAAGAACAUCAUGGCGGAGAGAAACGUGCUGCUGAAGAGUCUCAAACAUCCCUUCCUGGUUGGACUCCAUUACUCCUUUCAGACGCCAGACAAGCUCUACUUCGUCCUGGACUACGUAAACGGAGGAGAGCUGUUUUUCCACCUGCAGAGGGAACGGUGUUUCUCAGAGCCCAGAGCGAGGUUCUACGCCGCUGAAGUAGCCAGCGCCAUCGGCUACCUUCAUUCUCUCAACAUCGUUUACAGAGAUCUGAAGCCAGAGAAUAUUCUUUUAGACUCUCAGGGUCACGUGGUUCUGACAGACUUCGGGUUGUGCAAAGAAGGUGUAGAACCGGAAGGAACCACCUCCACUUUCUGUGGAACUCCAGAGUAUUUAGCCCCGGAGGUCCUUCGUAAGGAACCAUACGACAGAACAGUGGACUGGUGGUGUCUGGGAGCCGUUCUGUACGAGAUGAUCUACAGUCUGCCUCCGUUCUACAGCCGAGACGUUGGAGAAAUGUAUGAUGGGAUCCUCCACAAGCCGCUGCCGCUGCCUCCAGGGAAGUCUGAGGCCAUCUGCUCUCUGCUGGUCGGUCUUCUCCAGAAAGACCAGCAUAGACGCCUCGGGGCCAUCGCUGACUUUUUAGAAAUAAAGAACCACACUUUUUUCUCUCCGAUCAACUGGGACGAUCUUUAUCACAAGAGGAUCACUCCUCCUUACAACCCCAACGUGAAAGGUCCAGCUGACACUCAGCACAUCGACCCAGAGUUCACCAGAGAAAUGGUUCCCAGCUCGGUGAGUCGGACCCCAGAGUUCAACACCGGCACCAGCUCCAACAACACCUUCAACGGCUUCUCCUUCGUCGCCACCGAGGACAGCUUUCUGUGAGACACAAAGAUUCAGAUCCAAGAAUUAACUGUUUGACCGAAGGGAUCGUAACUCUGUUGAGUUAGGAGCUCCCCUCAUGAAUCCCACAUGGCUUCUGCAGGGAUUUUCCAAAUGUUAAUGUCUGGAGGGUGUAGCAGAAAGACGUUUGAGGUUGAAAUAUGUAAAGGUUCUUGCCUGGAAGUCCCAGGUUUGUUUUUAGAGAUUUAACAGGGAUCGACAUCUUUAAGAUGUAAUGCAGAUAAUCUUUAUUACGUUGUAGAACAAAUGUGGCUGGAUUGAACUAAAACAUGUGGUUCCCUUUGUUCUUUUAUAUACAGACUUUAUUAUAUUGUGUCUGUCUAAAGAGAAGGAAAAACACAACAUUGUCUUGGUAUCCAUCUAUACUUUAAACUGUCUGUUUGACUGAUCCCAUUUUUAUAGAUCUGGAUCAACAUGUUUCUUAUAUUAACCCUCCUGUUGUCCUCAUUUACGGGCACCAAAAAAUAUUGUUUCCUUGUCUGAAAAAAAUCCCAAAAUUCAGCAAAAAAAUUCCCCAAAUAUCUGAAAAUUUGCAAAACCUUCAGGAAGAAAAUUCCAAUAAUUCCUUAAAAGUAUCUCUUAAAAGUUAAUUUUUUUUAAAAAUUCCCCAAAUUUGGCAAGAAAAUAUUUUCCAAAAAUGAGUAAAAAUCUUCCAAAAAAAUCCUAAAAAUAUCUAAAGUGAUUCCAUAUAUAUCAGUAAAGCUUCUAGUAUUUUCUUUAAGAACAUUCACAUAAAAAUCAACCAAAAUCCAGCGAAAUUCGCUGGACUUUGGUUGAUUUUUUUGUGAAUGUUCUUAAGAAACAUUUUUAACAUUUCAUUUUUUUUCCACCAAAAAAUAUUGAAAAAUUUCCAAAAAUGUUGAAAAUGUGGACAUCAGAAGUUUCACUGUGAAAAUAGAUUUUUUUUUCUCCACAUUUUCAAACUUUAAAACGGGUCAAAUUUGACCCACAGGACGACACGAGGGUUAAACACAAGUAUCAUAAUGUGUGGGAAAACCAGUGAUUUGAACCAGGAAAUGACAUCAAACUUAGAUGUAGUCGGUUAAAAGUUCCAGUGAUUUAACUCUGCAGUGUUUUGCUUUAUAACAUCUGCACAUGUUUUUUCCACAUCUGUAUGACAUGUUGGAGACAGUCCACUGCUGAUGAUGACUGGUGCUGAUGGCUGCUGUUAUUUAAGCUGUUCUGCAGGGUCAGAUCUCACCAGGUCAGAUUCCUGUCAGCACCAACCUCCCAAACACUCCUUUGUAACUGUAGAUAUUAGACACAUCAAGUGACAUAUCCUUUAGUCACUAAAAAAACUAUGUCUUUUAUUACAAAUGGAUGGAAGCAACUUCCAACGUGUUUUUCUUUGUUAAAAGCUGAAAGCAAACCCCAACUGAGGAGAAAAAAAAAUCUAAAAAGGAAUAAAUAUUAACAGUAAUCCUGAACUGUGAGUAACCUGGCUAGUGUGAAACAGUGGCUGACGUCAUCAUAACUGUGGUUUGUUUGUUCAUGUGUCUGAAUUAAUUUGCUCAUAAUGCAAAAAAACUCGAUGUAGCAGUUUUUUAAAGCACCAGUGUGCUGAUUAAAGUUGUUUAUUAUGUGGA